AUCCCUUCGGAAAAAGGACCAAUGGGAGAGUAUCAGUACUGGCAGGAGUGCGAAACUGGAUUGACAAUUCUAGUGGAACAAUUGAAGUUGCCAAUUGUUAAGAAAAUCCUCGCACUUCUAGAACAAGCGCUCUCGCCGAUCGCCUCGAGUUUUCAGUACUUUCAGAAAGAGCUCUGGAAACAGUACGUCGAAGCCAGAGACAAUAAUAAGUUUAUUCAGACGCUGCUAAGAUACUUUCAGUUGAUGAGCAAACCGGAUUCGUUUCAAUCUGUAACGGAGUCCAUGCCCGCUCUGAUGGAAGGACUGCGAAUGCUCUGGGUUCUGUCGAGUUACUACUGCCACGAGGAUAAGAUGACGUCGCUGAUGGAGCGGAUAACGUGGGAACUCUGUCAGAAUGUCAGAAAAAAUUUGUCAAUCGUGUCGCUGUUCAAAAAACCUCUGGAAGAAAUUUUGCAGAAGACGAGCAUGGCCAGCACGAUGAUGCGACAGUGGAAACGUUCGUAUCUGAAGACCCGAAUGGACAUCGAGCUGUUCGGAAAGAGUCAGCGCUGGGAAUUCGAUCAGAAGCGCCUGUUUCAGGAUACGGAAUACAUUGCCGAGGUGUGCAGCGAUCUGUACAAGAUCGCCGGCGUGCUGCAGGAUUUCUACAACAUCUUCGGCUCCGAGCUGAAGUCCAUCAUAAACGAUCCGGCGCAAAUCGACGCUGUGGUGAAGAGAGUGGACGCGCUGGUGGUGCCGAUUGAGAGUGCCGACUUUGACGUUUUCAACGUGUUCAACAAGGAAAACUGGGAGGCGCUGACCAAGUGGUUCUACGAGGAGGUAACCUAUCUUGAGGACCAGGCCAAGUUCUACAUCGACGAGUGCUUCGCGGUGCUGAUCAGCGCCGAGAACGCGCUGGAGAUGUUGCUCAAGUUCAAGAACAUCAAGACUCGCGCUGCCAUACAGCAGCAAUUGCUCCGAAAGUUCGACGUGAUCAUGCAACAGUUCAGCAAGGAGAUCAACACCGUGGAAGACAUCUAUCAACGAAACAAACGAUAUCCGCCAUCCGCGAACUGA